CUCAAAAAGACUUGUGUCCAACACAGGGUAAAGAAGCUAUGGUCAUUUAGGGAAAGAAUGUAAAAAAAAAAAGUUGUUUUAUUUAAAUGUAAUGACUUAUUAGCUUGAUCAUAAUUCCAUACACUGGGUGUGUGGUGACUGCUAUAUACUGUAUGGUAGUGUAUAUGUAAUCUGAGGAGUGAUGACAGCAUGUUCAGAACAUGAUGGAUGACAGCAGCACACAAGGCCAGUAGAUGUAAAAACACCGAACUGGGUAGAGGUUUGACUGGGUGAGUUAAGGGUUCUAUUUCCUGAGAAUCUGCAGGAAAUGAGUCUCAGAACUCAGGAUAUGAUAUGAUGAGUAACAUUCGUGUAGAGUACUGUACUGUAUGUACAACACAGAUGUAAGAUCUUAAUUUGAUCACACUAUAGUUGCUGAGAAUGUUUCUGCACAGCAGGAAAUGCAAACGUGUAGUGUAUUCAAGGUUUAAAAAGGCUUCUAAAGUUUGUAAUUUCCACUUAAAAUGUCAGACUUGAAUUGCCCUAAUGAAAAAUGUAUCAACCCCUACAAAAAAUGUCCAUGAAUUAUAAUCCACAUAAUAUUUAACAUUUCCUUUUUCUGCAGGAUCAUUUUCCUGUGUAGCAAAAUGGCUCAAAUUAGGAUCCUACAUCUGUAUGUCGCAAGACCAGCUUCCUAUGCAAUGUGUUGUUCAAAAUUAUCUUUGUUUUUCAGUACUCAAGUUUCACUCUCAACCCUUUAUACAGGAAAGCUGAUGUUGCAAUAAAUUAUCUUGUUAUUGUGGUAACCAGGCGAUUACUGUGAUAGAGGUGAUGUCGGAUAAUACUCUAAAUUGUCAAAUGCAGUUCUUUACAAAAGACAUUUUUCAGCAUUUGAAUUGUUCUAUUGCAUUAAUCUCUGUUGUCUAAUGCCUGCCCGGGUCAGUGACUGUCUAAAGCCAAGCCAAGUGGCUACUAACAUGGUGGUGUAAUUACAAAAUGAAAUGCAGACCAUUUCCUGUUUACCCAAAUGGCAGAUUGGAACCUGUCUGGGUGACAUCAUAGGAUUCAUAUUUCAACAAGAUGGUGUCGAGUACAAUACACUCAACAGCAAUGUAUUAUUUCAAUUCAGCAGUAGUUCUCUAUUUAAAGCACAGGAGGUUGGUGGCACCUUAUUUGGGAAGGACAGGCUUGUGGUAAUGGCUGGAGCAGAAUUGGUGGAAUGGUACCAAAUACAUCUAACCCAUGGCUUCCAUGUGUUUGAAUCCAUUCCAUUUGCUCCAUUUUGGCCAUUAUUAUGAGCCGUCCUCCCUUCAGCUGAUACAAUGAGUGUUCUGUAUGAGUGGCCUGGAACCUCCCUAGCAGCUGUUGAACAUCAGGAGGAACUUUGCAUUUCCUGAUAAAAGAUAAUAAAGUACUGUAGUCAAGCCCUGUAGCAGUUUUGACUAAGAGGAGUAAGCUAUAAAAAGAGAGUAGCACAAUCAAUAUUUAAAUUCCCAGUAAUUUAUUGAGUAAAUCACCAACGUUUCAGCAUCACACUGUGCCUUCACAAUAAACGUUGGUGAUUUACCCAAUAAAUUACUGGGAGUUUGUCCCGUGUGCGCCCUCUCCGGCCUAUAGGUCGUCAGACUGCUGAUUAUCCCACACACCUGUCACCAUCGGCACGUGCACCAGCGCCUCAUGACACUCACCUGGACUCCAUCACCUCCUUGAUUACCUACCUUAUAUAUGUCACUCCCUUUGGUUCCUUCCCCAGGUGUUCUUGUUUCUGUUUCAUGUCUGUGUGAUAUUCAUAGUUUGUAUUAUGUUUUGUUUAUUGUUUAAAGCACUCACUCUCAGUGCACAUCGUUAUGGAGUGUGCUACUCUCUAUAUUUGUAUACACAAAAUCAUUUUCUCAGGAUGUGUUCCAGCUCAUGCUUUUUAUUUAACUCAGAGUUCAUUUUCUGAGUAAAUUCCUAAGAUACUACACAUUUAGAAAGGGUCUCUACAAUGGAUAAUCAGGCUCUGUUCUGAUGCCUUUCGGAGGAGGAAAUAAGUGCGGCUGCUGCCAGAAGACGGUGUACUUUGCUGAGGAAGUGCAGUGUGAAGGGAAAUUUUUCCACAAGUGCUGCUUUCUGUGCAUGGCAUGUAAGAAGAACCUGGACAGCACAACGGUGGCCUGUCACGUGGAUGAGAUCUACUGCAAGUCCUGCUACGGCAAGAAGUAUGGGCCAAAAGGCUAUGGCUUUGGCGGAGGAGCAGGCACCCUGAGCAUGGACACGGGGGCACAUCUUGGAAUCAGACCUGAAGAGCCAGCAGCCCACUGUCCCACCAACAACCCCAAUGCCUCCAAGUUGGCCACCAAGUUUGGCAGUUCAGACGUGUGCCCGCGCUGUGCCAAGGCUGUGUACUCUGCCGAGAAGGUGCUCGGAGGUGGAAAUUCCUGGCACAAGAGCUGCUUCCGCUGUGCCAAAUGCGGCAAGGGGCUGGAGUCAACCACUGUGGCCGACAAAGAUGGAGAAAUCUACUGCAAAGCAUGUUAUGCCAAAUCCUUUGGUCCCAAGGGCUUCGGAUUCGGCCAGGGGGCAGGGGCUCUGGCACAUGCUCAGUAGAGCUAUGGCCUCCUCUGAUAGACACCUAGACAUUUGGACUGCAAAUCCCAGUAUUCCCAAAUCAACCUCUAUUUAAUACUGCCAUUUCACUACUGCUACAGUCACAGAGGCUCAACAGCAACACACAGUGCACAGCUUACCUAAAUGCUUAUCUUGCCAGAAGAGUAAGUUGCUGAUGUUUUCUAUUUAAGCUCUGGUAUUGAUGAGGUUAAUACUCUGCAUGACAAAUGUUUCCUAACCACUAUGAGAAAGAAAAAAAGGACUUAUUAGCGUGUUCAUUUUGACCUCAUAGACUCCAUUCACAAGAACGUUCCUUUUAGAAUUUUGAAUGUACACAAAGUGAGUCAGUGAUAUGUACAGUCAGAUGGACACACCCUGGUUUUGUAGAGUUGUUUGGCUGUUGGCGGGUUUACUUAACAGAGCAAAUUAUCAGCGGCAGAAUGAAAGAACAAAGUCAUAAUGUACAAUUAUUGUCCAAGGCUAUAAACUCUGGAGAAAGCUGGCACUGAUCUUAUCCUAUGAUAUUUACAACACAGUGGAUGUACUGUAUCAAAUACUGUGCACAUUUAAACACCAAAUAAAAAACUCUAAUAGAA